UACCCACAAGGGACAAAUUAAAAACAGUUGUUAUUCAUAUUAGUUGCUUAGUAAACGAACGUUGUCUUCCAGUGUCAAAAGUAAAUAAUAGAAACAAAAAUCAUGAUGAUUAAGUGGCCUUCCCGGAUUUUCAUUGUUCUAUCGUUGAUCUUCCUUGUUGAGGCACGUAAAGAAAAAUGUGAAAAAUGUUUGCCCAUGAACAGCUGUUCCUUUUACGGGAACCUGAGUAAAGAUGAGCAACUGAGAUGGAUAGACAGGUUUGAAUGCCCCAAACCUGACAAAGAAGGUAUUGGACCUCUAUUUGGAUUCGCGCCCACUGCUAAAGGCGACAUGGUCUGCUGUCCAAAUUCAAUUUGGGGUACAAAUACAAAAGGUGACAAUAAAAACGACAGCCAUAAUGCCCAAUAUAACGCUCAGCCAGACCACAGACUACCGAACCAAAGAGAUAUCACGUCUAAUUAUAAUAGCCCAGGUGAGAAAGGUUCUAAUAGACCAAAUGAUAAUUUGAAUGGAAAUAGUAAUGACUCAGGGUCUAAUAGACCGUCAGAUAAUAUUAAUGCCCCGAAUUAUGAAACUCAUCGAUCACCACAACAUCAGGUCAGACAGCCUUACAGUCAGGGAAACUGGGCACCGCGACCUAUUGCCAAUGAUUGGAAUAGAAACAAUCAAAACUAUGGAGGAAAUGGAAAUUCAUUUAAUAGAAACGGGAAUUCAUUUAGUGGAAACGACAAUACUUAUGGCAGAAAUGAUAAUUUCAAUAGAAACUUAGCUCAAAACGGUAAUACCUAUUACUUAGGUAGAAACGGAAAUUCGUUUGGGGGCAAUGGAAAUAGUUUCGGUGGAAAUAGGCAUGACCUAAGUGGAGACAGAAAUUCAUUUGUCAAUGGAAAUAACGGGAAUCAGUUUGGUGGUAAUGGCAAUGCGUUUGGUGCAAAUGAAAAUAUAAAUUCGUUUGGAAAUGGUAAUAACGGAAACUCAUUUGAUGGAGUUGGGAAUCAGUGCCCUGCGACGAGUUUCCCGCCAACUACUGAUUCUGGAUGCUGUGGCAGGGAAGCAACAGACUCCGAUAGAAUUACUGUGCGGCAACCGUGGUACGCUCUGAAUGAAAGGCGGCAGACAGAAAGACCUUGGAAAUCGCUGAUGGAUGACUACAGAAACUGGAAUUUCCACCCGAGAUUUAAACGGCAAGCUAACGUUACCGUUGACAAUCGUAUAGCUGGUGGCAAAGAAACAGACCUAGAACAGUUUCCGUGGACAGUUCUUCUGAAGACCACCUUCGACUACGGCACCAGUGAAGCUUCUUUCAACUGUGGAGGUUCUCUGAUCAGCUCGUACUACGUCCUAACUGCUGGCCACUGCGUCGUCGAAGAUAACGCCAGGGUGAAAGAGGUAGAAGUUUACCUGGCAGAGUAUGACAAGCGCACAUUCCCUAGGGACUGUAAGAGCGUGCUUGGAGAAGGUCGGAAAUGCGUGGAGAACAUCGUGAUGAGAGCCCAGAAUGUUAUCCCCCAUCCCAACUACGACAACGAUAGGCUUUAUAACGAUAUAGCACUGAUCCGAAUGCAGCGGCCGGCUCCUUAUUCGGAUUAUAUUCGUCCGAUUUGCUUGCCACCGAUCAACAUUGACGAGCCAGACUUCUUCAACCUUCGCCUGGCUGUGGCAGGGUGGGGGAGGAAUGGGAAAUACAAAUCUGAGAUCAAACAAUCUACAGUAGUCAACCUCGUGCCCAAUAGGGAAUGUCGAGAAUAUUAUCCGCACCUUUCAAAAUCCCAACUCUGUGCAGCGGGCUAUUCUGGGGAGGACACUUGCAAGGGAGAUUCUGGUGGCCCACUUAUGCUGCAAUAUGAAGGAAAAUACUUCGUUUCUGGUGUAGUUAGUGGUAAAAGAGCUGACGCUCCGUGCGGGACGUCUGUUCCCUCUUUGUACACAAAUGUGUAUCAACAUUUGGACUGGAUUCGUAGAAAUAUUAGAAAUUAAUAGUUUGACUACCUAAAACAUUAUGUCAAAGAAAUUUAAUGAAACCGGAUCUCGUCUCCAAUGAGCUUGGUGAUUUUUAUUAUUUAUUGAACUUGUUUUCAAAAACAUAGCAUGUGACUAAAUGUGAAUGUUACAUUCUAACGUAGAAUUAUUUAUGUUAUUAAUUCACAAUAAAGAUAAAACAAAUUAAAUCACACUUAAACCCAACCAUUUAUUGUUUUUAUUUAACUUAUGGAUAUAUUUUAAAUCUCAGUUUUAACAUCAGUUUGCAAAUAAUUCUUGUUUUUCUUUUAGUCAAUUGUUAGAAACAAGAAAUAAAUAUUGUGUUAAUACAUUAAUUAAUUAAUUAAUAAUAUAUUAAUUGUAUGUGAUUAACUCUGACUGGUCGCAUUGUAUAAUUAUAUUUUAAAGUAGUUGCUAUGACCGGUGAUACAUUUGCCGCUAUUUUUUGUGAGCGAUCAGUCCUUUAUGGUUUUAAAAAGAGAGGAGAAUAAACGCUGUUGAAAUGUAA